UUUGACCAAAAUUAACUAGCUAAGAAGCCUGUCAAAAUGUAGUUCAAACUUGCUCUCAGUGUAUUCAUUACUACAGUUUGUUUACUAUUUACCUUUUAACUUUUUUUCAGAAAAUGAAAAGAGUGAAGAUUAUAAUUAUACAUCCACAACUGAUCAAGACCAGAGCUGUUUCCCUUGAAUAAUGCCAGGAAGUGGAUUGUUCCACAAAAUGACUAUCCAGAAGUUCACCUGGGCAGGCCCAAAAAAGGCAGAAAAGCCAGUCUUGUUCUCCCUCUACCCCAGCUCAGGAUGAAUUUAAUGUGGACACGCCUAGACGUGGGCAAUCCAGGGAUUCAGCUGGCCGUUUAGAUGCUCUCCUUCCCCGUCUCACUUCACACACGGGCUUCUACUAGCCAGUCCCACCUCCAGAGCAGGGAGCACUGACAUUUUCCAAAUCCCCCCUGUUACUCUACCAGACAAGAUUCAUCCAGGGCUUCUACUUGCCAGGCCCAACGGAGCCAAGAGCAUCGAAGCUCUCACCCUCCCAUUCCCUCCGCUAAGACCAGAGCUGUUUCCCAUGAAUAAUAAGUGUGUCCUAACUAAAUUGGUAGAGAUAUUGGAGGUGAAACGUGUUGGGAGAUCAGAGCCCCAAGACUCUGAGUUCCAUGUCAAGAGAUGGAGACGGAGCAAGACUUUGAGCAACUAGAGAAGCAGCGCCGAAGUGCGGAUGCACAGAAUCUGAUGGCUCUUUACCAAUGGCCUGAUGUCCUUGUUCAACUUCAACGACCAUCACGCAAUGCGGGGAUUAGGAAACACAACUGUGUACUCUGUUGUCAAUGCGUCCAUCACAAUUACAUGCACAUUGUCAAUUAUGCAAAUUGGACGAUAACGUCAUUUAGCGACUUUUAGGACAGCUAAUAGCUGAGGAGUUGGCAAUCCCAAGGAUCUGGGAAUGCACGGACGGUUUUAGCGGGGGAACAGGAAGUUCCAGGCAGGCGCCCACCAUUAUUCAGUAUAAAGAAAGCACCAGAACGAUGCAGUCAAGAAGAUAAGCUAAGUGUCCUUUUCUAUUUAUUACUACAGGCCGACUCAGAUUAAGUCUGAGGCCGGUAACAUCAACAGUGAGGACAAACCCAGCCUGCCUCUCUCCUUCCACACUGAGUCCAAACCUACAGUCACCCAGUCCUGAUUGUGACAGUGGAGCCCAGUUUGCUCUGCAGGAUCCAGAGAUGGCAUCAGUGAAGCUGGAAGACUGCAGUCAAACACUGGAGCUGAAUGUCAACAUUAAAGAUGAAGAAGAGGAGGAGACGAUUGGGAAAUCUGUUAGUCAUGGCCGACUCAGAUCAAGCCAGAGGCCGUUAAUUUCAGCAGUGAGGACAGACGCAGCCUGCCUCUCUCCUUCCACACUGAGUCCAAACCUACAGUCACAGGGUCCUGAUUGUGACAGUCGAGACCAGUUUGCACUGCAGGAUCCAGAGAUGGCAUCAGUGAAGCUGGAAGACUGCAGUCAAACACUGGAGCUGAAUGCCAACAUUAAAGAUGAAGUGGAAGAGAAGAUUGGGACAUCUGUUUCUCAUGGAGACCAUGUUGAGACAUUCUCUACAUCUAUAGAGCAACAGCAGGAAGAUCACAGAGCUAAGAGGUCUCACCACUGCCCACAUUGUGAGAAGAUUUUCCCAAUUCUAUCAAAGUUCAAAAUACACCUAAAAAUACACAAAGGAGGUAAUCUGUAUUUCUGCACUGACUGUGGGAAGAAUUUCACAACAUCAAAGGCUAUGACAGUUCAUCAGAGAGUACACACAGGAGAAAAGCCUUACUUCUGCUCUGACUGUGGAAAGAGUUUCUCUCGACAGGGCGACCUAAAAACACACGAACGUAUACAUACAGGAGAGAAGCCUUACUCCUGCUCUAAUUGUGUAAAAUGCUUCAACACAUCAGGUGAGCUAAAAAUUCACCGGAGAACACACACAGGAGAGAAGCCAUACUUUUGCUCUGACUGUAGGGCGAGGUUCUCUCAACUGAGCCACCUAAAACAGCAUGAACGUAUACACACAGGAAAGAAGCCGUACUCCUGCUCUGACUGCGUAAAAUGCUUCACAACAUCAUCUGAACUAAAAGUUCAUCAGAGAACACACACAGGAGAGAAGCCUUACUUUUGCUCUGACUGUAGGGCGAGUUUCUCUCAACUGGGAAACUUAAAACAACAUGAACGUGUACACACAGGCGAGAAGCCUUACUCCUGCUCUGAUUGUGGAAAGAGUUUUUCUCGACGGGGCCACUUUAAAACACAUGAGCAUAUACAUACAGGAGAUAAGCCUUACUCCUGCUCUGAUUGUGGAAAGAGUUUCUCUCGACUGGGCGAUCUAAAAAUACAUGAACGUAUACAUACAGGAGAGAAGCCUUACUCCUGCUUUAAUUGUAUAAAAUGCUUCACAACAUCAGGUGAGCUAAAAGUUCAUCAGAGAACACACACAGGAGAGAAGCCAUACUCCUGCUCUGAUUGUAGGGCGAGUUUCUCUCAACUGAGCCACCUAAAACAGCAUGAACGUAUACACACAGGAGAGAAGCCUUACUCCUGCUCUGACUGUAGGAAGAGUUUCUCUCAAUCGAGCCACCUGAAACAGCAUGAACGUAUACACACAGGAGAGAAGUCUUACUCCUGCUCUGACUGUGGAAAAUGCUUCACAACAUCAUCUGAGCUUAAAGUUCAUCAGAGAACACACACAGGAGAGAAGCCUUACUUCUGCUCUGACUGUGGGGCGAGGUUCUCUCAACUUGGAAACUUAAAACAACAUGAACGUAUACACACAGGAGAGAAGCCUUACUCCUGCUCUGACUGUGGGGCGAGUUUCUCUCAACCGUGCAACCUAAAAAAUCAUAAACGUAUACACACAGGAGAGAAGCCUUACUCCUGCUCUGACUGUAGAAAGAGUUUCUCUCAACUGGGCCACUUAAAAAGACACCAAGGUAUACAUAAAGGAGAGUAGCUACGACCAGCUAUGAUUAGUCACUCCACUUAAUUCUUCUCAUAAAAUAAUUUGCAAUGUUGAAUUGGAUCAAAUGGAGAGAACAGGGAGCGUUAUGGAAUGAUCAGUGAGCAUCUUGUCAAUUUUGCAAUUUUGCUGACAGUUGUGAAUCUGAUGCAGCCGAAGAGCUACUGCCCCUUUACCUGGGAAAGCACCGAACAACAGACCGGGAUGUUGGACCAUCGAAGAGGUGCAAAUAUGAUGAAACCUACAUUGAUUUGGGGUUCACUUAUAUUGGGAAUAGUGCCUUUCCUCAGCCAAAGUGUGUUUAUAGCUCACAACUGAAACCUUCACUCUUGCGCAGACAUUUUGAAAAAAGCAUGCCAAAUUGAAAAAUAAGCCACAGGAGUUUUUUGAGCAAGAAUUAAGACAACUUUCGAGUAGUAAGACACCUAUUAAAGCAACAGAUGCCAUUAAUAAGAAGGGGCUAGAAGCGUCUUAUACGGUGAGCUUCCGAGUGGCAAGGACAGGCAAGCACCAUACUAUUGUGGAGGACUUCAUUCUUCCUGCUUCUGUGGAUAUGGCUGGAGGAAAGGCCCAAAAAAACUAUACCGCAUCGGUGACAUGGCGAGAUGUUUUGAUACAAUUACUGCUUCGUAUAUACAAGCCAGUGAAUUCUAUGGAUUACAGCUGGAUGAGUCAACAGACAUGGCGGGCCUGGCACAGCUCCUGGUAUAUGUCCGUUACGUUUUUGGGGGGUCAAUUAAGGAAGACAUCCUCUUUUGCAAACUACUGGAAACCAGGACAACAGGAUAUCUUUUUAAAGUACUGGACAGCUUUGUGACAUCAAAUGGAUUUUGGUGGUCAAGUGUUGGUAUCUGUACUGAUGGCGCGAAAGCCAUGACAGGGAGACAUAAUGUGAUCUUGCGAAACAUCUGAGUGAAUUGGGUGCGCAAUUACACAGGUACUUUCGCGAAACUGAUGACACAAACAGCUGGAUUCGUUAUCCCUUCUAUGCCCCGCCUCCAGUCCACUUACCAAUAUCUGAUCAAGAGAGCCUCAUCAAAAUGACAAAAAGCGGAUCUGUGGAAAUGGAAUUAGAAGCCACUGCCAGAUUUCUGGAUUUGGAUGCGCUCCGAGUAUCCUUCCUUGGAAAAUUGCGCUGUUAAGACUCUGAUGCCCUUUGCGACCACGUACUUAUGUGAGAGUGAAUUCUCGGCCCUGACUAGCAUAAAAACUAAAUACAGGUACAGACUGUGUGUGGAAAAUGAUUUAAGACAGACUCUCCAAUACAACCCAACAUUGCUAUGUGCAUCCUCUCAAGCACAACCUUCUCAUUAACCUGUGGUGAGGUAUUCACCAUUUUCAAUUAACAAGUAAGGUUUUAUAUGUAAAAUGGUUAAAUAAAGAACAUAAUGUAUUAUUAUUUGUGUUCUGGUCCUAUAAGAGCUCUUUGUCACUUCCAACACGCCGGGUUGUGACGACAACUCACACUCAUUUCUUAUGUUUAAUAAAUGUAUCCUAUUGUGUGUGUGUGUGUGUGUGUGGCUUACAAUAUUUGAGUGCGCUGACCCUGGUGCUAGAGGGGGUACGCAGCUCGAGGUUGAAUGUUUGAAGGGGUCCGGGACUAUAAACAUUUUGGGAUCCACUGGUCUAGAUAAUCCCAGUUCCUGCUGUGUCAUGCUGAUGGGAAGACUAGGCUAAGGAGAACCAUGCAUCCAUGCCAUGUGUCAGCAUUGCAGGCUGGUGGUGUGGGGUGUGUUUUCAGGGCACACAUUGGGCCACCUUGAUAAAAGUGGAGCAACAUUUGAAUGCCACAAGAUGUCUGAACAUCAUUGCUGUGGGUAUGUUUUUCAACGGCAGGGACUGGGAGACUAGUCAGGAUCGAGGAAAUUAGCAAAGUACAGAGAGAUUCUUGAUGAGAACCUGCUACCGAGUGCUCAGGAACUGUUGAGUAACUGUUGAAGUUAAUGUUUGUACAAUAAUUUGUUCUGGGCAACAUCUUUUCUUGUGUAUAAUUUUAAAUUAAACAAACUGUUUUAAAUGAUAUGGUGUCUAUAUAUAAACCAAAUUUGAUCCCAUUCACAUUCUCACAAACAAAUGGCCCACACUGUGUAUAUAUAAUUGUUGACGUCCGAUGGUCAUUCUUAUGGUGGGUUGCAAAAUGCAGGAUCCUUCCAAGUUGAACCCACCAGAUGGGGACCGACAUGACGGUCCUGUGAGGAUCAGGUUACAGUGGAUCCCGGUACCUCAAUAGAGGUAUUGAUGGGGGGGUUUAUGACCUCACGCCCAUCUUAAAUUAUAAUGCAACAGCCCAACUCUAUUCUGUUCUCUAAUGUGUGAGACUGGAAUGUCUGUGUGCCUUAGGAAGAGUUUACAGCCCAAAACUACAGAGCAUCAAAUAAAUGGACAUGUAUAUUUGAUCAGCCAAAUGGUGGAAACAAUGAUGGAUGGAAUAUGAAAAUGAAUGUACAUUUUAUGUUAUUAAAAGUUGAGGAUGUUAUUACAAAAACAUUAACUUUAAGAGUUUUCAUAAUGUAUAUGUGAUGUUUACAUACUUUGUGUAGAAAAUAUCCAGAUGAAAGAGAAUGUUUUGGUGAUGAUAAGGCUGAUUUUAGUUGUCCAAACGAGAUCACAGAAAAUCCUAAUACCUUGUAACUAGCUACACCAGAGAGUGUGUCAUAAAGAUGGAAACGCCCCUUUCUACUCUAGGGUAUAAAACAUGAGUUAAGAAUUUACAUAUCAGACUAAGUUGAACAUGCACUGCAGCCGAGGUCUACGACUAGUCGUGACCCCAAAACGCAACACGAGGUUGAAGACAAAGUAAAUCUCUGAACAAUCAAGUUUAUGGUGGAGUAGCUAUUCUUAGUACUGUAUCAAGGAAGUUGAAUUUAAGCAGAACCAUCUGGCUAUUCUUUUCAAGUCACCGGUUGUCUACAUGGCCCUCUUACCCACGCCGGGAGCAUCGACACGGCUGAUUAGCCUCCUCAGAAGCCCACUCUCACAGAACGAGUGCAAGGAAACUGACAACUAUGAGAAAGGACAUUGUGACAGUUUGGAGAAUCGGAGACUUGCACCUGAAGACGAAUGAACAAGGCGUUGGCCAAACCUUUCCCACUAAGCGGAACUCGACCCACGAAGAGACACCCAACAGAGACCUUCAACACAUAAAUACAUGCAUUACACUUUUAACCCAUAACAGGGGCAGUUAUGCUGUUAGGGCUGAAACUAAGCAUAGUUUACAAAUGUAUCCAAGUGUUGAAUUUCUCUCUUGCUCUUUCUCUCUAUGUAAAUCUUUAUCUUGUGUUGGUCCACUAGGGACCUGUUGCCAUUGUAUGAAGUUCUAACCAAUAACCUAGACUGUUUGUGUAUAUGUAUCUUAUGUUAUCGUUUAGCUUGUUAAUAAAUAAUCAACUCAA